GUGCUAUGUGUUUGUUUUGAAUUAGCCCCGUACAGAAGUGUUUCAUCUUUUGCAUACUGGCGCAACACUGGGCAUGUGUACGAAGCCGUAGUCCAGCCCCGCAACCCGCCCACCACCCUCCCCUCUUCCCUUCGGUGCGUCUCGGUCCUGCCCGCAGCAGUCUCCUUCCCGGCGAGGUUUCACUACAGAGAUGGCUGCGAAAGUGUGCAGAUCAGUACUCCUGUUGUCCCGGAGCAGCGGAGCGGGGGCCGGCAGCCUCCCCGCACUUGUUGUGUCUUCACAGCGACACCAUCAGCACAUAAGACCGGAGGUACUGUCUGCCCCUUUCACCCAUCAGACUGUCAGGAGAGCACAUGGCCUACGGUCAGCAGCCCACUCCACACUGUUCACCCAGCCUACCACUGCCCUGUCUCCACAGGUUUGGAGGGGCGCCCCCUCAUGGCCUGGCCAGAGACUGUUGUGUUCCUCCACUGCUCCAGAAGAGGUGACAGUGGUGUAUCAGAACGGGCUGCCGGUGAUCUCAGUCAGUUUGCCAUCCAGGCGAGAGCGCUGCCAAUUCACCCUAAAGCCUCUCAGUGACUGUGUGGGAGUUUUCCUGCAACAACUCCAGGCAGAGGACAGAGGCAUUGACCGGGUAGCCAUCUACUCCAUGGAUGGAGCAAGGGUUGCCUCCUCCACAGGUAUAGACAUCCUGCUGCUGGAUGAUUUCAAGCUCGUCAUUAAUGACACAGAACACCUCGUGCGGCCACCAAGGAGAGAGAUGCUGCCCCAUGAGGAGGCAGAAAGGUUGAAUGAUGUCAAGUUCCUGGUGCAGCAGCUUUACACCACGCUGCGCAUCGAGGAGCACCAACUCAGCAAAGAACGUGAGCUGAUUGGACGACUGGAGGACCUCAACUCUCAACUCCGCCCCCUAGAGAAGGUGAGGGAGGAGUUGAGUAAGAAGGCGGAGCGACGCACCACCUGGGUGCUGUGGGGUGGCAUGGCCUACAUGGCCACCCAGUUUGGCAUCCUGGCCAGGCUGACCUGGUGGGAGUACUCCUGGGAUAUCAUGGAGCCGGUCACCUACUUUAUCACUUAUGGCACUGCAAUGGCCAUGUACGCUUACUUCGUUCUUACACGUCAGGAGUAUGUUUAUCCCGACGCUAGAGACAGGCAGUAUCUGCUGUUCUUCCACAAGGGGGUGAAAAGGACACGCUUCGACAUUGAGAAGUACAACAAGCUGAAGGAUGAUAUUGCUGAGGUGGAGUUGGAUCUGAAGCGUCUACGGGAUCCACUCCAGCUCCAGCUCCCAGUUCAGCAGCUCACCGCCAGUAAAAAUUGAUGCGUAGAGUGACUCCUUCCUCUGUCAGCUCCUACAAACCUCUUUUCCCUCUUCCCUCCUGCUGUCCGGCACCCUUCGCUCUCUCCUUUUACCCCCAAUUAUUUCCUCAGACUCCUCCUUCCUCCUGUUCCUCCCACUCCCAAUAGUCCCAUCCCUUUAUUGGCUGUGGGAGUUAGUUUUUUCUCCUUUUUUUUGUUUUUGUUUUUGUUUUUAUUUUCCUGACUGAAAUCUCCAGUUGGAAUUGCAAGUGAAAACCGGCUAAAAGAUGAUUUAAAAGAAAAGGAUGGUGAGAAACCUGGGAACUGAAAACCUCUCACAGCCGAAGGAUGUUGAGAAGGACGAAAAGGAAGACGGUGAUUAUAGCGUUGAGAUGGGCACUGUGGACGUGCCUCCAGUCUACGGAGGGACAGCCUGCAGGUAACUCCGGGGGUGAGAUGAUCCCACCUCUAGACACUCCAGGACAGGGAACACGCAGAGGGGCAGCCAUGUUGAGUGUGCAUGUGUGCGGGACUUUCAGGCUACACUGGGACACCGACCCUGGCCACUCUGCGGGUCGACACGGCGCUGUAGCCCUGCUUCCUCUAGCAGCCGAACUGUCAACACACACACACCUUCUCUUGGUCGGUGCAGGCUCCAGGGGACAAGUUUACAAGGAAGUUCUCACUGCAGUCGCACCUUCAGGGAGACCUUCGUUUUCCUGUGGCCGAAUUCUGCUGCCUCUCCCUCUCUGAGCCACGCCUCCUCCAGGUGACGGACAGCUGUCCUUCCCAGCGUGACCUUUGUCAGGAGCCCGUCUCCACUCGCAGGAUGCAGGAAUGGCGACGCCUCAUUUCCUCGUCCUGUUGAUGUCCUGUAGCUGCCCGGCCUGCGCAAGUAUGAGAGUACUACCGACAACAACAUCACUGUGUGUUCUUUUAUUCCAAGAAAAAUAUUUUGGCACUUUUUAUUUUGAAAGCCAUAGUAUAUUUGUUAUGAAAAAAUAUAAAUAUAUAUGUAUACAAUCAAAUAAACCGAUGACCAGAGGCUAGUUUCUUUCAGUGGGGGGAGGAGCUCUCUUACAAGCGUCAUUUCACGAGAAACUCAUUCACACCCUUCUGCAGAUCUCCUGCCAUGAAGAGCCGCCGCUACACAUGCACUUGCGUUUACUACCUUGAACUGUUUCAGAAGUUUUCAUGGCAAAUGCGCACAGUAGAUUUCACAGUAGCUACGCUCAGAUUGGCUGUACGGCUCCUGUGCAUGGCCACCAAAGAGGGGGGAAACAACGAUGAAACCAAAUCGGGGUGAAAACGGCUUAGAUUGGAAUUGACCACAGAAUAUCAAUGCGGAUAAUGCCGCGCUUGACCUCUAUAAUCAUCUCAUGAAUGCAAAGAUUGCUGCAGAAGCGUAAUGACAGCGCUCAAAUGUUUAGUGACCAUUGACUCGGACGAACCCACAGGCAUGAUAUAUAUUUGAUUAGCUGAAUGACUUUUUAAAAAAAAAUGGAGCAGAGUGUUUGCAAAUUGCCUGCAGCUCAGUAACGCUUUUCUGAAUAGCGUGGGUUUUUUUGUUUUUUUUUUUCCUUUUCAACGGAAGAGUCCAAGUGAAAACGAUAUCAUUGUCUCACUGAUGAAACGAAGGCUACAUCUAACAAAAAAAAAAGUGUCAUGGCAUUGAGGUCGUAGAGGUUUUUCCAUCCUGAAAUUAAGCCAGAGUUUUCUCCUCCCACUGCUGCUGUAACGCCCCUCCCCCCCUGCUCCCUCGAUGGCAAGGCAGGGUAGACUGCAUGCUGUGGUAUGCCCUCAGUAGAAAUUUGUGAAUGUGUAGGAGCAUUAUUGCAAUUUUGUACUUAAAUUGGACACUUUUCUUUGCCACAUCUAGCUGAAGUCUCAUCCACAUCGAGCUCAAGUCUCACCCCUCCUCGUUCGGUCAGAUGUUAUCGAAGCCAUAUAUUUGUGUUGCUCAUCUUCAUGAUUCUUUCAUUACUUUUGGGAUGGUCACCAAAUAAACCUUUCUCAGCUGUACAUAGGUUUCUGUUCAGGGUGUGAGGAUUGGCGGCCCUCUCUCCGGUUCCAUUCGUCUCUCUAACGAAGUUCUCAAAGCGUUCUUUUCGUCACUGUAGAUCACCUCUGCAGAGGGGAAGCACAAUGACAUGACGUCCUUGCAAACGCUGCAGACUCUGGUUCAUCUUGUGCUUGUGUGUGUGUGAACAGCUGGCCGAAUCCUACUGAGGAGAUCAUUGUGUUUAACUGCAGAUUUUAUAUUAAAAUGCAUGAUUUUCGAACAAAUCAAAAGUUAGCCAUGCAGAUCUCGAGCCAGGAUUUGGUUUAAUCUGUUAGUGUGUGAGUUGUCGUGUGUGUGCGUGUGUGUGUGUGUGUGUUAUCUCCAAGGAAAAUGGUGCCUUUUGGAUCAUUAUUGAUUAACUCUAUAGACAAUGUAGCAAUCUGGUAAACGGCAACGAUGGGAAAUGAACAGAAGAGAAGGUUGGGCUUGUUUUGAAUGAAACCAUCAUAUGAAGGAUGGUUCAAUUUGAAUGUGUAGAAGUGGAAAUCAGUUUUACUGUGUGCCAUGAAUGUUUGUCGAAUCCGCAUGUGCUGGGGGCAAAGUGCAGAUCACCGUAUUCAUGAAUCCUUUGCUAAUAAUUGUUGCUUGUCAUAGGUGCAAAAAUCAAUUCCACCCUCAUCCCGCUUCAUAGCCGUCAUGAGCUUUCAAUUCAUUUUCCUGAAUAGACCAGCUCACACACACUACGACACACACACACACACACACACACACACACACACACGAAGAGAAAUCGGUGUUUCCUUGGAGAUGUACUGUAGAAGGUGAGUUCAGACCUCUGUUUGCAGUCCAGUCCUCCCCUCUGCUGUUUCUACACCACACUUCUGUCCAUCAUCACCUCUUCCUUUCUAUCACGCCAUCCACCGUUUAUUGCCUUUGAGUUUUGUUUUUUUGUUUUUCUCUUGUCUAUUUUUUAAAAACAAAAGUAUAUCAAAUAUAGGGAAACUUUAUUCUAAAGAGGGUGUUGCAUGAAUGUAUGUUUACAUGGGAAAUUACGUAAAACUUAAAAAAAACAAUAAAGAUUUAUCAAAAAUAAGUGCAAAGAUAAUUUAAGAACGUUGUUUGUAGAGAUUCCUAGUUAUAAAGGGCAGUGGACAGGGCUGCGUCUUUAGAACCUGCCCUGCCAAAUCUGAUUUAAAUCCCAGCCAACCAAAUGCUCAAACCUCACUCCCAUCCUCACCUUAUUUACUCCCAUAAUCCUCUCCCUCAGCGUCCAUUCAUACUCCCCAAUAAAUGGAAAAACACCCUCCAUCCGCGGUGCACCUAUAGCAGAGGCUUUACAACCUCUUGUCCUGGAUUUGAGUCCAGGGGAGAAGUGCACUCUCUCAGCCUGUCGGGGAACACCUCCAAUUCUUCUUGUCCCUCUGUCGACCCUUUUUUCUCCAAAGACACAUUGUUAUUAUUGUUCCAUGUUUUGAAUGUGUGUUCAAGUUUUCAAUAUCUUCUUUGCGUGCACUUAAAGUACGACAUGUUUAAAAUGCCUAAAGAGUGAAGCAGAACAUAGGAUUGAACAGAUCUUGUACUUCAUUCUGACCUCUUCUUUUGUUUUUCUUGCCUUUAUUUUUCUUUUCUGUUGACAUAUGAUGCUGUAAUGUUGGCAAAAAAAAAGAAAAAUGUAAAAUCCUGUAUCAUUUAUGAAAUAUGUAUAAAAGAGAAAUGUAAUUCAAUUAUCAAUAAAAUCCUUAUCCAGUUUUUGGAA